GUGAAUCACAAUGGAUGCUGUACCCUGUUGUCUAGUGCUUGUGGUCCUGCUUUUUGGGACUGGGAUACAGGAAACUGAAGCCUUACAGUGUUACUGCCCCCGUUGCUUGAACUCGACCUGCAACACGGAUGGGCUGUGCUUCGUGUCCGUCAUGAAGUCGGGCAGCAAGGUGACCACCCGCAGGAUGUGCAUCUCUGAGGCGGAGCUCAUCCCCCGGGACCGGCCCUUCCUGUGCGCGCCCUCCACCAAGGACGACAUCGGCAUCUACCCCAUGUGCUGCAACACGGACCUCUGCAACAAGAACCCCAACUUCACAGUGCCCCCAGAGAAGCCCCCUCCCCUCGGGCCGGUGGCGCUGGCGGCGCUGAUAGCCGGGCCUGUGUGCGUGCUCUGCUUCGUGUUGGUGCUGGUCUUCUACAUCUGCCACAGCCGCCCCGUCAUCCACCAGCGCGUGCCCAACGAGGAGGACCCUUCCAUGGACCACCCCUUCAUCUCCGUGGGAACCACCCUCAAGGACCUCAUCUACGACAUGACCACCUCUGGGUCCGGCUCAGGUCUGCCCCUGCUGGUGCAGCGCACCAUCGCCAGGACCAUCAUCCUCCAGGAGAGCAUCGGGAAGGGCCGCUUCGGCGAGGUGUGGCGCGGGAAGUGGCGCGGAGAGGAGGUGGCCGUGAAGAUCUUCUCCUCGCGCGAAGAGCGCUCCUGGUUCCGCGAGGCCGAGAUCUACCAGACCGUCAUGCUGCGCCACGAGGACAUCCUGGGCUUCAUCGCCGCCGACAACAAAGACAACGGCACGUGGACGCAGCUGUGGCUGGUGUCCGACUACCACGAGCAUGGCUCGCUCUUCGACUACCUGAACAGGUACACGGUCACCGUGGAGGGCAUGAUCAAGCUGGCGCUGUCCACGGCCAGUGGGCUGGCGCACCUGCACAUGGAGAUCGUGGGGACGCAAGGUAAACCGGCCAUCGCCCACCGCGACCUGAAGUCCAAGAACAUCCUGGUGAAGAAGAACGGGACGUGCUGCAUCGCCGACCUCGGCCUGGCCGUCCGCCACGACUCGGCCACAGACACCAUCGACAUCGCCCCCAACCACAGGGUGGGCACCAAAAGGUAUAUGGCCCCAGAGGUUCUCGACGAUUCGAUAAAUAUGAAGCAUUUCGAGUCCUUCAAGAGGGCAGACAUCUACGCCAUGGGCUUGGUGUUCUGGGAGAUCGCGAGCAGGUGUUCCAUCGGAGGCAUCCAUGACGACUACCAGCUGCCAUACUACGACCUAGUGCAGUCGGACCCCUCGGUGGAGGAGAUGAGGAAGGUGGUCUGUGAGCAGAAGCUGCGGCCCAACAUUCCCAACAGGUGGCAGAGCUGCGAGGCCCUGCGGGUGAUGGCCAAGAUCAUGAGAGAGUGCUGGUAUGCCAACGGGGCGGCCCGCCUCACCGCGCUGCGCAUCAAGAAGACCCUGUCCCAGCUGAGCCAGCAGGAGGGCAUCAAGAUGUAACCCAGGGGCGUCCCCUCGCUUACUGCGGUGGAGCCAGUCCCCACGCACUUGCUCUUCUUCUUUUUUUUUUUUCUUUCUUUUUUCUCUUUAAAAGAGGAAGAAAGCCGAACAGUAAACGUUCUUUUUCUAAAUGGUCUUGCGCGGACGCCUGGACUCACAGCUCUGUGAACUGGGGAGAGGGGGGGGAGCGUGCUGCACUUGGCCAAGCUAGCUGGCUAACCGCGGCAGGACCUCGGCACACGCAGAGAAACUGGAACCCCUCCCCCCCUGCCC